CCCGCGCGUGGGCAUCGGAUCUGGUGCCUGCAGAGUAGAAUCCUAUUCUAAGAACUCGGGCACUCAGGUAUCCACCAUGGUGUUGAGUCCUGAACAGAAGAUGCCAGAAGACAACGCUUCUGGAGACCAUGAAGACUCUGCCAGCUUUGGUGCCAUCAACUUUGCCUAUAGUAACUCCUCUCUUCCACAGUCCACUGGGCAGCCAGAAGAGCCCUUUGCUACCUACUUUGAUGAGAAGAUCACCAUUCCUGAGGAAGAGUACUCUUGUUUUAGCUUUCGCAAACUCUGGGCUUUCACGGGACCAGGCUUUCUUAUGAGCAUUGCCUAUCUGGAUCCAGGAAAUAUCGAAUCUGAUUUGCAGUCUGGAGCAGUGGCUGGAUUUAAGUUGCUUUGGGUCCUUCUGUUGGCCACCAUUGUGGGGCUACUACUCCAGCGCCUCGCAGCUAGACUGGGAGUGGUCACUGGGCUGCAUCUUGCUGAAGUGUGUCACCGUCAGUAUCCUAAGGUCCCACGAAUCAUCCUGUGGCUAAUGGUGGAGUUGGCUAUCAUUGGCUCAGAUAUGCAAGAAGUCAUUGGCUCAGCCAUUGCCAUCAAUCUCCUGUCUGUAGGAAGGGUUCCUCUGUGGGGUGGAGUUCUCAUCACCAUUGCAGAUACCUUUGUAUUUCUCUUUUUGGACAAAUAUGGUUUGAGGAAGCUAGAAGCAUUUUUUGGCUUUCUCAUCACUAUUAUGGCUCUCACAUUUGGAUAUGAGUAUGUUACAGUGAAACCAAGCCAGAGCCAGGUACUCAGGGGCAUGUUUGUGCCAUCCUGUUCAGGCUGUCGCACCCCACAGAUUGAGCAGGCUGUGGGCAUCGUGGGAGCAGUCAUCAUGCCACACAAUAUGUACCUGCAUUCUGCCUUAGUCAAGUCUAGACAGGUGAACCGCGCCAAUAAACAGGAAGUUCGAGAAGCCAAUAAAUACUUUUUCAUUGAAUCCUGCAUUGCUCUCUUUGUUUCCUUCAUCAUCAACGUCUUUGUGGUCUCGGUCUUUGCUGAAGCAUUUUUUGGGAAAACCAACGAUCAAGUGGUUGAAGUCUGUAGAAACAGUAGCAGUCCCCAUGCUGGCCUCUUUCCUAAUGAUAACUCUACCCUGGCUGUGGACAUCUACAAGGGGGGUGUUGUACUGGGAUGUUACUUUGGGCCUGCUGCACUCUACAUCUGGGCAGUGGGGAUCCUGGCUGCAGGACAGAGCUCUACCAUGACAGGAACCUAUUCUGGCCAGUUUGUCAUGGAGGGAUUCCUGAACCUAAAAUGGUCACGCUUUGCCCGAGUGAUUCUGACCCGCUCUAUUGCCAUUAUCCCUACUCUGUUGGUUGCUGUUUUCCAAGAUGUAGAGCAUCUAACAGGGAUGAAUGAUUUCCUGAAUGUCUUGCAGAGCUUACAGCUUCCAUUUGCUCUCAUACCCAUCCUCACAUUUACAAGCUUGCGGCCUGUGAUGAGUGACUUUGCAAAUGGAAUAGGCUGGAGGAUUGCAGGUGGGAUCUUGGUCCUUAUCGUCUGUUCCAUCAACAUGUACUUCGUAGUGGUUUAUGUCCAGGACCUAGGGCACAUGGCGUUGUAUGUGGUGGCUGCGGUGGUCAGUGUGGCUUAUCUGAGCUUUGUGUUCUAUUUGGGUUGGCAAUGUUUGAUUGCAUUGGGCAUGUCCUUCCUGGACUGUGGGCACACGGUAAGCAUCUCUAAAGUCCUGCUGACCGAAGACACCACUGGUGGCUAUGCUAAGUAAACUGGAUUAGUCUGUCUUCCACAGGUAGCCACCAGAACUAAUGCAUUUCUAUGGUUUACUGUGUGAGCAUAGCCAAAGGUAUGUGCUGUUGCACACCACAUUUAGGAUUCAGCUGUUGGUUGAGAAAGAGUUUAUUUCAUAGAUGUUUGAGAGAUGGAAUUCUUUUUCUUCUUGACCUCCUAACCUGGGAACUGGACUAGAUAGGAUCCUUGGAAUGCUGACAUUUGCUGCUAUCAUUCCAACACUAAACUAUUCAGUAGCUGCUCAAGGGCCACUUGUUUUAUUAUUUUGAGAGCUAAUCCUCUAUGCAUUAUUCUUAAUGUUGUAAGUUAAAAUGUAUUUGAAAAUGCAAUACAUUUUUAAUAAUACCAACUACAGAAUGGGUAUGAAUUUUAUCAAGAGAUAAUGGACUUUAAAAGGCUGAGAAUUUUUUUUAUUGUGUGUAUCCUUUUAAUUAUUUUAACUAUUAAAAAACUCAACUACAGUGGUUUCAUCCAUAUGAAAUAUUAAAAAAUUAAGAGACAUCUACCUCUUUCAGGCUCAGGACCCUUUUACCUUAUGUCCACUUAAAAUUUCUGUGGAAAUUAAUAGGGAAUCUUAAUUUUAAUCAUAAUAAUCAUGUUAAUACAGAGCUUUUCUGAUUGGUAGCCUUUAUGAAAUGACAUUCUCCCAUUGUGGGUGGGUAGAAAAGACUCAAAAGGGAAAGAAGAGCCAUCUGUUUUAUUCCUAAAAGCCACCUGUCACCAGAAUCAUCAUGUUUUCUGAUGCACCACUCUGCUUCAUGGCCGAGAUAACUUGCAAGGCAAUCUCAGGAGCUAAGGACCUAAACGUUGCAAAGCUCUCUCUUCUCAGCAAGUCAGUAGGUGUCACUGUGGUUGCAAAGUUCUUUCAACAAGAUUGAACUGGGCUACCUCUCUCCAACUGUUUCCUGAGGGAAAAACUUUGAGACCAGAUGGUGGAGCACUGGAGUCAGAGGAAAUGGGUGUCUUCAGCAUGAAGCUACUGCUCUUAUUCAGCCACUACUGACAUUUUUUACAUGUGGAGCCUAAGACUGUGUGAUUAUCUCAAGUCAAGUCACAUUUGUCUGCUGGAGAUAAAUAAUCAAAAGCCUUUUAUAGCCAUUGACUUGGUGAGAACAAUAAUGGAAUGGCUUUGAAGGACUUCUCAUUUUGGAGCUUCCUUCUGGAGUCUUGGUUCAUUGAUGCUCUGUGUUCAUCUGAGCCCCCAAAGGUGUAAUUAGUGAUAUUUGGCAUGUAGUCUAUAGCACUCAUUGGAUGCGUUGUCAUUUCAGUGUUCAUAAGCAUUAAAGGUAGACCGCUGUGUUUCACUGACCAUACAUUUUUCUUAGUCCUUCAAGCAACAAAGCACAGAAUCACAAAUGACAAUUUUCCACUGGUUUUCCUCCUGUCUGCCCCUUUCCCUACCACUGUCAUUCCCUAAACUGGUCAGAAAGGCACUUUGUGAAGAUAUUGGCGACUGACAUCAUAAGCUCUCAUCUGGCUGUAGUAGGUAAAGGCCAGAUUGACAAAAAAAUUCUUUGUGAGAUGGUACACUGACAUCAAACUUUGCCUUGGAUGUGGAUGGGUCUGGAAAGUCUCAGACUCACAAACAUUUAGGAGCCCAGAUAAAAGCUGCUAGUAAUCUUUUGAAAGUUUUAUUUAUGACUUGCAAUGAUGGAAAAUGUUUUCCCAGUAAAAUGGCAUUUUAUAAUACUGUGUGUGUAGUAUUUUACAGGUUUGAAAAUGAUCCCAUACUGUAUUCCAUUUGAUCCUCACAGAAAGUGUACUUCAGUUACAAUAAGCAAUGUAUAGAAAUUUAAGUCUUAAAAUGCCAGCAUGCACAGUGCAUUUUGACUUUACCAAAUGUUUAAAGAUACAUAAUUGUACUUUAUGUAAAUUGGUCUUUGUUCUCUUUAGAUGUGACCUGAAAUAUUUGUGUUGCUAUAGUAUAUUGGAAAUUAUCAGAGGGAUAGGAAAGAGCUUCACUUUGGCUCCUGUGAGGUCUUGCUAGUGGUAUUAGGAGUAUUUACAUCUGAGCUUUCAAUGACCAUUUAACAGUAUGUAAACUUGGUUUGUAAUUAAAAUUUUUUUUUUCUUUUUUCCAA